AUGUUGCUAUAUGUGUUAUUACUAUUGUUAUGUAGUGAAUAUCAUGGUCACGGGGAAUUCACCCAUCAUUUCAACGAUUUCCUAAGAAGGAAGUACGGUAUGAAGACACAAAAACUCUUAGAAAGGCUCGAUAUGGGCCUUAGUCUUUGGGGCAGUUUUGGUGGAAAGAUGGAUGAAAACGAUCCCGUAAACAAAAGACCAGUGCUUUUUGUGCAUGGAGCGCUUUCACGUGCUGCCGUAUUCUUGAAACAUCGCGAGUAUUUUAUUUAUAGAGGGUACUCUUGGUCGGAACUGUAUGCUACAUCAUACGGAAACGGUUUAAACUCAGCUAUUUUCGAUGGCGUUCAUUGCAAAUACGUCAAACAAAUUCGUCAGAUGUUAUUAGCUGUGAAUAACUAUACGAAAAAGACAGUCGAUAUCAUCGCGCAUUCCAUGGGUUCAACGGUUUCAAGAAAGGCUAUUCUAGGCUCUUCUUGCUUUGAUACUGGUGAAUUGCUUGGUGCUCCUUUGACUCAACUGGUGAAUACAUUUGUAACUGUCGGUGGCACAAAUCAUGGUUUGCAGACAUGUCCCUUAAUUGUCCCUCUUUGCGGUAGCAUCUCGUCUCUACACUGCAGCUCCAAACUUAUGAAAGAACUGAAUUCGCAAGCAUAUCGUUUCGAGGGACACAGCUCUUACGACAUACACAGUCUAAGCGAUACGAUUAUCGGCCUCCGCUGUUGCAACGAAAGUUGUGGUGUCUUACCCAAUCGUAAUGAAUCUUUCAAGGUCGCCGAUCUGGACCACUUUAUGCUCCUAUCGGAAACUAUUACAUUACAACUAUCACUUUUAAAACAAACAGACGGACGAAAUAGUGGUAAUAGUAUCACCAGAACAGAUGACAUCGAUUUUGAUGAUGAUAUCAAAUAUCGUUAA